UUAUUUCCUUGCUAAGUAUAUUCAGUACUCUCGAAUCAUACACUCGUCUUUUUUUUUUCUUUUUAGAACAACGACAAGUGUGGGUACAACGUGGGUGACAAAUAUCCUGAUAACCCUGGGGACAAUAUCAAUGAGAACAGACAAGAACCAAUGGAAUUUUACAUGAGUGGGUGCUCCUCUCAUGUGAAAACUGAAGUGGAUAUCAUGUGGACAAAUCAGCAUGGAACAGGACCAAAGACUGACGACAGGGUAGAAACACAAGUCAUUUUACAGUACAUGUGCCAGCCGUUCCCGGGAGGCAAAAUGCCCACUGGUAAUGUGGAUACCGACUACGAAUAUCACACCAUUCGAAAUGGUCAAACAUCCGCGUCUAACACAUUUGCUGACCAGAGUCAAGAGUCAAGUCAAAUUUCAAAACAAAACGGACUUCAUGAGCCGUACAAUUACUAUCAAGCUUAUUAUCGCAGAUAUAGAAAUAAAGGCUUAUUCACCGCUGACCAACAGCUUGCUGGCGAUUUAUCAAUUUAUACGCGGCAGAAUAGUCAAGGUACCGUAAGGGGCAUGGAGGUCCCUGAAGAACGCGAUUACUAUCCAUACUGGGGACCCACACCAUGGAAGGAUAUUGCUAUCCUUGUCAGCGAUAAAAAGACUGAGGAGCUGAUGAAGAAAUACGUUAAUAGGUCCAAUUAUGGGCUCAAAUAUAUGUGCAUCAUGUCAAAAGGACUUAAGGAUCAAACUGACUGCCCCCCAGACAACCAAGGUGUUGUUGCUAAAAAAUGUGUCGCCAAAUACAUCACCAGGCAAAAGUGUAAAGCGGCUGGAGGGAAUUGGACAAGGUUCAUCACAAAUUACUUGGAGGAGACUGCUGGAGUGUUGAGCACUUGCCGCGGUUACGAUGACAUGAAACUGGCAAAAGGCGUGCCCUACGAAGCACACAAGAUCUCACAAGGAUGUGAUAAUCAGAAACAAUAUGUUCUUCUUAACAGACCUCCUGAAGUGAUCUACGCUCCAUCUACCGUCGUCAACCACAACGGAAUAAACAUGGAAGGCAAAUUUUCUUCUUACAGAUGGAAGGUCCCUUGCUUUCCAUCCAACACAACACAACGUUGUGUAAUACGGAUAAGGUACAACAUCACAACUUCUGAUGCACCGAGGGAUUUCGAUGCUAAUGAUAAUCACCGAUUGGCCAAUAACCCGACAACAAAAGCUGUUGAUAAUGAAACCGACCUCCAACUAGCUUUGAAUACCGCACAGGUUGGCAGAACCUUUCAAGACAGAAGUCAUGUGAUCAUUCUUAAACCGCGAAACCUUUUGCAACCGGAACAUCAGCAUCGCACCAUUCGCUACAUCGGGGGGAUGGGAAAAAGAGGGAACAUUGUACAGACCUAUCCUGCCAUGGAAUAUCGUUUUUUCCCUGAACGCAUCUCUGUCACAACAGAGGAAAUUGUGUGUUUCGUCUGGUCUGGUUCAAAUAACAAUCCUUCGAACUAUGACGGACAAGGAACAGCAGGUACGGAUCGCACAAACGUUUGCUGGAUUAAGGAAGGGUGUACAACACUGGCCCCGAAAUCUUGUUUCAAUCUCCCUCUUGACGUCAUUGACUACGUUGAAGAUUUUGACGGUUACUUGUUAAAUCUUCACCUCAACUGGGGAUGUUUAGCCCGUAACCAAGUGCUGGAUGACGAGCUUAACAAUGCCCCGUCCUCUUGCAACCCACCGUGCUUCCGCAUCACAAAACCUGGAAAGUACUGUUACAUGGGCACGCGCAAUAACAAUUUCUCCAACCGACGUCACAUUGGUCAAAUCACUGUGACAAGUGCUUGA